UGGAGCUAUACUUUUCAUUAUAGAUUUCGAAUUUUAUCCACUGAUAAUGCUGGAGACUGAGCGUCCAUCAUAUCCGUUUGCAAGUGCGUUGGAGCUAGGGGGCGCUCCCAAUGUGUGCAAUAGUGUGUCAGUCAAUGUGUAUCAAGCAGUAAGGUAGCAUGCUCUAUUUUUAGAUAGAAAACAAAGAACACAUGUUUUAGUAAAAACGUGGUUUUUAAAAUUAACGCUAUUUGUUAUUUUCCAUGUAAAUGUAGGCUAAUUACCGGCAAAUAGUUACUAAUACUAAUCAGUAUAUUUUCUUGGUCAUCAAUCUAACUGACAUCUCCCAUAAAGUUUGACAGGACAAUAGUAAUAUUAAUAGAUUUUUUUUAGUUAGUUACUACAAAGAGAAAAUCACUUACUUAAAACUAAAAAUAAUAUUUAAUUAUAGUCUGCUACUUUAAAACUUAAUAUUGCAACUUUAUAGUUAAAACAUAGAAGUCAAUUCAAUAAAGUACUGUAAACUGUCCUUAAAAUGUUAAAAGACCGCACAGGCCUACAAAAAGUUAUUAAAUUUUUUCAAGUCAAAGUCAAAAGGCUGCUAUUAUUAAUUUUACUAGACUACACCUUGAGUCUUUUUUAAUUUAGUCAUAGUCACUUUUUUCUUAGUCUUAGUGAUUUUAGUCUUACGUUUAGUCUUACCAUUCUUAGUCUUCUUAGUAUCUUGGCAGGCAUCUUAAUCUUGGACUUGCCCUUGUGAAUAUAACCAACCUCCUUUAUUGUAAAUUGUAAUAUUGCUAAGGGCCACAUUUUAAUAACACCACUAACAGAAAGACAGGUCCUGUACUGUAUAAAAUAUAAAUAAUAAAAAAUAGCAGUAACACUCGAAAAGAGAGAGCAAGGCACAACUUUUUAAUUUAAUUAAAUUGGUGCCAAAAGAAAGGAAUGGAUAGCAAAGUUAAUUUAAAAUUGUUAUGUUUCAUUUGGCUUUGGAGCAUGAAUAAGGGCCAUCAAUAAAUGAUGCCAAGCUUCUUUUGAUUUUGCCUCCAUCUUCCCAAAAUUGUAAAACUAAAACAUAUUCCACAUUUAGCAUUGACACAAAUUCAUGACCACCCCCUCCCCUUUUUUCCCCCCUUUUAAAGAUGCAUGACAUCAUUUAUGGAUGCCCCCCUAAUUAACAAGUACUUCAAAAUUAAUUUCACCUGAAUAAAAAUCAUGCUUAACUAAUAAUAAUUUGUUUUCCAAUCAUCAGAAAUCAAACUAAUGGCUACUAAAAAACUAACUUUUAAAAAAAUGUUAAUAAUAAACAUCAUCAAUUUUAUUUCCAUUUCAGAUAAAGCGGACAUACUCUUCUAUGAAUACUCUACAUGUAGUUUGUUCACAAUGGACUCCACAGAAUUUACCUAUGAGGAUAUUAACGAACCAUAUUAUUUUGAGUCUGAUCAUGUUGCACUCAAGGAUAAUGCUGAUUAUAGAAACAUGCUUCAUACUAUAGCUAUAUUAGAAGCUCAAAGACAACAGGCAGCACAAGAUAUUGAAACUCUUUACAGGGCUCAAGAUGAGGCUUUGGCAGAUCCUUUGGCAUUUGUACAAAAGCUGCAAAGUGGCAAAGAUUUAGGAUUGCCAAAGUUGCAAAAGAUUUCCCCUCUCCCAGAUAUUCAGUGGGAUAAAUAUACAACUAGUGCCAGUUUUUCUUCAUUUGGUGUAGCUCGUCACAUGACCAGAAAUAAAAAAAGUGCUCCAGAGAAUGGAGUAGGUAAAACAUUUUUUAACAGAAAAUUUGUUUUUUAGUCUCUGUUGCUUCUUGGUAUGAAUUAACUUUAAAAAAAUAAUAACAUGCUUCUUUAUCCUAAAAUGUAUUUAUUUUCAGUCCCAAUUCCUAAGAUAUAUAAUAUUAUUUGUGAAAGAAGAAAAGUAAAAUUAAUUACUAAUUGUUGUGUUUUUUAUGUUACAAAUAUGUUUGGUAACAAGGUAUCUCUGCAGCUUCAAAGCAUUUUUUGAUGACCUUAUUGAAAUAUGGCUCAUACAUUGAUCAAAUGCCCACCAGGCCCAGGGCGAACACCUUAAAGUGGGCCCACUUCCACACUUAAAGAUAUCAUUAAUAUAAUGCUAUACAGAACCCCCAAUGGUGCCACCCAGGGUGUUCGCCCCCCUCCACAUACCCUCUAGGUUAGCCUCUGGACUCAUACAAAUUAAAACUUGUAAAGGUGCUUGGUGAACAAUAGAAACUGGAUGUCUGAUUGUCCAAGAUGAAAAUAAUGGAAAAGUCAAUAAUUCAUUCUCCUUUAUUUGUGUGUAAACAUUUAAUAGAACUGCCUUAAGUUAUAGAUUUUGUAUGUAUUAUUAAAAUUAAUGUAUAAUUUUUAAACAUUUUAUUCCCUUUUUUUUUUUCUUCUGAGUGGAGUGGAUUAUAUGGUCUUUCUUUUCUAGAGGAGUCAGUGUGUCUAAGGCCAUAAACUUCCCAUAUCUCCCAGCCCUUUAUAAUUUUGUGUGUAGGGUGCAUAGGGGGACAGGACAGAUGGCAUGUUUAAAAAAAACUAUUCCUACAUGUGAAGCUUUAAUGUCAAGUGCUGCCUUAAUUUACAUAUUCGGGUGUUCUUUUGAUACAGUCAAAAAGUUUUCUCAUUUAUAUCUCCUUUUUGAAAAAUUGCUGAAGUUGGUUCUGGUUCAUUUUGAUUGUGCCGCUUUAAUUUUUCUUAGGUGAAUGCAGGGUUAGACAAAACUAAAAAUAAUUCAGGAACCAACCCUGUUUUGUCAGCAGUCAGUACAAUAUUUUGAAAAUAUUUUGUAUACCGGUACUUAAUUUGAAUGUUCUAGCACUGGGUAGAAAAUUUCAUGCUCCAUGUUGACUCUGAACCCUGUAUUUGUCUACCUCUGGAUGGGAGCAUUUGCUGUUUGCUUAACUGGGUGUCAUUUUAUCAUUUUUUAAACAAUCUUUAUGGACUCUUUAACCACUUGUAGUAUCUAAAAUGUGUAAAUUUCCUCAGAAAAUAUAUAGAAAUAGGUAUCAAUUACUCUAAGCAAAAUUGCAAAUAAAGAAUUUUUUAGGAGUUGUUUAACUAUAAGAUCACAAAUGAUGUAAAAUAUUUUGAUAAGAUGCUUUUUAAAGCCAUGCGGACGUAUGAAAUUGAUGAUUGGUUUCCCAUUUACUGAUUAAAAUUACUGUUUGUUUUUAGCGGAACACAUGCAGAGUUUAAAAUCAAAGCUUAUUCAAGGCCUAAAUCCAUCAGCCUCAUCUUCCACUAACAAUGCAGACCCCUCAGGGUCAGAUAGUGAAGUUGUGGUUGUGAGGGGUAGACCUCGGGACAAUACUAAGCCAGCUACUUUCAAUCAGUUGUGGACUGAAGAGGAGCAGCAAAGGUAUCUAUAAUAAUACUGUUGAAAUCCUUUUUAAGCUUAUAUUUAUUGAGUUUUAUUUGUAAAAUUUUUGUAUUUCAUUGUGGAAUAUGUAAUGAUGAUGUCACAUAAUAUAGUAAAAUCUUUCGGUUUUAAAGAAAUGUCAAAUGUUUAAAGUUGUUUUUUUCAACAUUUCCUUAUAUAUGCAAAACUAUUUCUCACUUAAUAUAUCUACAGACUUGAAAAUUUGUUGAGAGAGUACCCACCAGAAGAGGUUGAAUCUCGACGUUGGGCUAAAAUAGCAAAUGCACUUGGGAACAGAACUCCUAUUCAAGUAUGUCAUUUUUAGAAAUGAUAGUUCUUUAAUAAUACUUUCAAUGUCGCACAGUAAUGGAGGUGAACAUCAGAACUGCAAAAGCAGCAGCAGCUUUGGCUAAAUUGAAUAAGUGGGUGUGGAAUAAUUAUAAACUAACUGAAACAUGAAAGCUUAGUAUCCUUCAGGGAUGUGUGCCACAUAUGCCAGUAAUGAGUAGAAACUCAACAGCUUCUACCAAAGAUGUCUGCGUCACAUUUUUUAAAAUACGUUGGCAGGACAAGUGACUAAUCCAGAGGUUUUCAAACUUGCAAAAAUGUGUAGCAUGUUCUCCGCUCCUCGCAAGAGGCGUCAUCACUGGUUAGGAUAUGUAAUGAAAAUGGAGGAAGGAUGUAUUCCAAAAGAUCUGCUGUAUGGAGAUUUAACAGAAGGGGGCAACACUUACUGAAUGGCCAUGGCUGCAAUUUAAGGACAUUUGCAAAAGGAACAUGAGGGAAGCUGGCAUAGAAAUCAUUGAAUGGGAGUUCAUUGCUGAGCACCGUACCAGCUGGCAAACAGCUGUGUAUCAGCUGUGUAUGAAAGAGUCAAACAGGCAGAAGAUGCACAAAACAAAGCCCUUGUAACAAAUACAGCAUUACAAAAGGCCAAAUUUAACCAGGAGCCAAGGUUCUCCUGCUAUAAGUGCGACUGAAGACGCCAUUCCAGGAUCUGCCUUGUAAGCAACUUGAUAAGUGUUAAUAGCUACUCCAUCGUCUCGUGAAGACGGAAGGAUGCCAUAUACUAUAGUAUUAUUCUUAAAGAUUUAUCAUGAUUAUACUACACCAAGAGUAUACAACUUUUUGCAAUAACUGCUGUAAGAAAUGAAGGAUUCUGCUAUUAGCUUUAACAUUGUAUGAUGUAUUAAAAUGUAUUUCCUUGCUCUUAAAAAUCAGUUUUCUUUACCUUAUGUAUUGUAGCACUACUAAUAGCAACAUAUACCAUUUAAAAGGAUAUUCUUUUGUUAUUAUUUUUUUCUCCCUCAAUAAUAAACAUCAAGAUUAUUCAAGGUAUUCUCUUUACCUUCUUCUUUUUCUAACAUUCUUUGAGUUUUCAACUAAAGAGACUUUUUUAUAUGCAUGUCUUCAUUAUCUUUUCUGAAUGUUGCACAAUAACAUUUCAUAAUUUAUUUGAUUGAAACUUUUAAUCAUACAUUUAAUAAAAUUUAAGAAUUAAUCAUUUUAUUACAGGUUGCUAGCAGAGUACAAAAAUAUUUUGUGAGGUUAGCUAAGGAAGGGUUACCUGUUCCUGGCAGAAUGCCAAAUCUCACAGCAUACAGUAAAAAGGUAAAUUUAAAGCUUAGAUCAGUAACAAGAUACAUACAAUUUGAAUGUUUGUUUUAUUUCUUUUAUCCUAAUGGUGCUAUUUAUUUAAUUGAUUUAUCCAUCUUUAAAGAUCAACCUUUUCUGCAAUGCUUUCUGAAUAACCCUGAUUUUACUUUUAUAUAUUCUCUAAAAGAGCUCACAUAGACAUCAUCGCUAUAACCGUAUGUAUUACUCAAACUCAACUCUCAUGCAAGCUCAUAUACCACCUGUAUGGAUGAAAGAAGAUGGAGAAGACCCUGGUCCUUCAAUUCAAGGUUUUUCAGGAUUAUGGACCAACUCAGGUGAAAAUACAAUCACGUCAGGAAAUAACAGCCAAAAAGAUGAUUCUUCCGUGAGUAUUUGCACAAUUGCUUCUUUUUUUUUUUUAUAAAGACAAAAUUAUUUUGAAAGUUAAUUUUGGAUGUGUGAACUGUUCUUGUUAAAGUCGAAGCGCUAAAAAUCAUUUGCAGUCGCAGGUCUAAGUAAAAAAAAAAAAACUUUAAUACCUGUACCACAGAAGUUUGAAGACAGUCAACAUAGAAUGGGACUAAAAUUGUUUUACAUGCAGAAAUAUUCUCAGUCUUACCAGUUAAGCUACACAGUUGGGGAAUCCCAAGUUCGGAAAGUUAAAAAAAGUUGUUUAGAUACGAUAAACUUUCAGAACAACAAUUGGGUGUUCUCCAAGGAAUAUUACCUUGAAUCUUUUGGGCAACUCACCAAACAUUUGUAAGUUGAGUGAAAUUGAGGCCAGUUCGUCAAGUUAUGUUUAGCUAGCUAUGGUUUUAGUUUUUAAAAGCUUUUAUUUUCUGUAUUUCAUGUGAUAGGGUAGUUACUACUGUUAAUUUAGCAUUAAAAAAUCAUGAAACUACUGCUGUAUGGAGAGUUGGCAGAAGAAGCAAGACUUAUUGGAAGACUAUGGCUGCAAUUUCAGGACCUUUGCAAAAGGAGCUUGAGGGAAGCCAACAUAGAAAUCAAUAAAUGAUAUCAUUCCUGCUGGCAAAUAUCGAUGUAUGAAGGAGAAUAAAAGGCAGAAGAUGUGCGAAAUGAAGCCCUUGCAACAUAAAGAGCAUUACGUAAUGCCAAAUUUAACCAGGAGUCAAGAUUCUCCUGCAAUUAGUGCCAUUUCAGGAUCGGCUUUGUAAGCCAUUUAAUGAAGAGUCAACAGCUACUCCAUUGUCCUGUGAAGGAUGCCAUAUAUAUAAAUUUAUGUGGCUGUUUUUUCUUUGUUUAAUUUAUGCUAUGGUACUAUUUAUAUAGCAUCCACAAUUUAUAUAUAUGUGUGUGUGUGCGGGCAUGUGUGUGUUAAUUUCCAAACCUGUUCUGGGACAUUUUAAAGAGUUUUAGAAUGAAUGCUUUGCUGGGAUGUUUUCAUGCUCAGGUUUUACCUGGAGUUUACAUAGCUGACCUCACACUGUAAAAAUUUUCAACACAGCUCAUUUAGAAAAUGUCCACCUUAUAAAAUAUAUGUAAAUUUAUUUUAAAUUAAAUUAAAAUCUAUGUAAAUAUACAUUUCUGUAUCAAGUUUAAGACUUAUAAAAUAGAAACUGUUGAGCUAAAUAAUUACAUUUUUUUUGCCAAUAUGUGAAGCACACACACACAAAAUUGAAAAAAACUUAUUUAUCAAUUUUCAGAAAAGUUUUCAUAACUAUUGAUGUAUAAAUGCUUGACUAUUUUGAAUCCAUUGUAUUAUAAAGUGGGGUUUAUUCUUUUUUGUAAACUAAAAAUGUUGGCUUUAGUACCGGUAGAUAUGUUUAUUAAACUGACAAAAAUGUGUAUUGAUAAAGUUUGUUAUAUUUUUGUAAACAGGAUGAUGAUAUCUACCCUGAGGAAAUUUUAAACAGUGCAGAAUAUAAAGAGCUACAGAGACUUAAACGGCUGAGGAAUGAAAAGUUGGCCCAGAACCAUUCAACAGUUACAAGGCACAUUGGAUAUAAAGUGAAUAUGUUUUUUGUCUAAUCGUACUUCACAUUUUAUAGCCAUACAGUAUAUACAGUAAAAAGACCCUUCUAUUAACAUGACUUUUUUUCCUCUGGUACGUUGAAACAAGCUUAUAAGAUGGUUUGCUCAAUAACUUUGUCUUGAUGAUCAAUUUUGAUUUCACCAUGUAAAUUGAAAUACAGGAAUCUGUAUGAAUUAUUUAUAAUUUCUUAUAAGUUGCUAUCAAAAUCAUCAUCUGACAUUUUCGACAAAUUACUAUUGAUUUUUGUAAUUAAAAAAACACUAAAAAUUUGACAAAAAAUUCCAACUUUAAACAAACUAUUUUCAUUUAAAAGUUUUGAUUUAACCAUUUUGGAGGAAUGUAAACAUUUUAGAAUGCACAGUGAUUUAAGGGGAAAUUAUUCAUGAAUUUUUCUUUUUGCCAUUAUAGUAUCUUACACUUACAGUCGCCUAUCAGCUUUCUGUGGAUAUAAAGAUUAAAAUGGUUAUCAUCUAACAUUGUGAUGUGAUAUUAAGUGUAGGCAAAUAAUACUUUACACAUCAUAGCCUGCAGGAAAAUUUUUGUUAUCUUCGUUGCUUAAGCUAAUGUGAUGAUUUGAUUUAAUUCUUUCAUUUUGAAAUGUGACUUUUAUAUUUGUAUAUUAAAAGUAAAAACAUUUUAUGUUCCCACUUUCAGUGUGAUAACUGUGGCUGUGAACCUAUAAUAGGAACCAGGUGGCAUUGCAUAGAUUGUGAAUCAGAGUUUUCCUUUGAUUUUUGUGAUGAUUGCAGUGAUGCGUAAGUUAUUCAUAUAGUGGUGCUUCAAUAAUGUUUGAAUAUAAUUAAGAUUGGCUUAUCAUAUUGAAUUUUUUUACAUUCAAAUUCUAACAGACAACUUGUUAUAGUAUACUAUAUACUUAUUCUAUCUGGUCAGAAAGAUAAACAUAAAUGCCAUUAAAAUUUAAUAAAGCUGAAUAUUACAUACCCGAAAAUACCUGGAACCAGCAAAUUAACCAGGUCCAGGUGUUUUAAAAAAAACAUAAGCACUUUUUUUAAAGAUCAAAAUUUGGUACAUUUUUACCUGUGCCACAAAUUAAAUAGAAAACUCACAAAUGAUGCAAAACUAAAUCUAAGCGAAAGGAAACUGCUAAGUGUGAUUAUUUAUUUUAGCAGGCUGCAUAUCUUUGGUUAGGAUCAAACACUUCCUGUUUUAAAGUUAAAAUUUCCUUUCACAUUCUGACUGGAAAGCUCAAUUAAAUUUUUUAUAUGAAUUCUAAGUUUUUCCAUAGAAAUCAAUAAUAAUUAUUUACAUUCAUUUCUUAGCAAAGGAAUAGAAACGUAUGGCUCAGAUGGUAUCACCACGAUGAUGCUAUAAAUAUUUAUUAAAAUAAUAUAAUACAUGUCUGUGUAAGAAAAAUUUUUAACUACCAUCCAGCAGCUCCACUCCAUGUUUUAUUUUUGUUAUGUUUACAGGUUAGGGUUAUAUACUAUAAGUGUCAUUAAGCCUUCAUUGUCAUGCAUUCAUUUUUGAUGCUGGUUCCCAUGUAUGAAAUUUUCACUUUUCCCCAUUUGGUGGAACAUAUUUCUCACUCUAUUUGGUUGUAAUACCCAGACUUGCAUCCACCAGGUAUGGUCUCAAAAGUACCGAAUAAAGAAACUGCACCUGUAGUAUUGUAGUGGUGCAAUUAAAUUAAUUUUGAUUGAUAAAUUAAUAUGCGCAUGAACUUGAUACCUUCCUAAAUCAUCAUAUUUUUUUAUUUACCUCAAUCUGUUUUGAUAACCUAAUUCUUUUUUCAACAGGUCUUUCCAACAGGGUAAACAUGAUUCCAGUCAUCGUUUGCAACCAUUUAAGCAGGCUGUAUUGGAUUCAGACUAUAUGAGUUACUCAAAAUCCGAUUACAAUUAUCUUGAUCCCAAUUACAUGCCUGCAAACUGAAAUAAAAAUGUAUAUUUUAAUGAAAUAUCGGUAAAUGACUUUUUUUUCCCUUCCCCAAUUUGUGUGUAUCCAUAGUAAUGGUAUUUUGACAUUUAAUAACAGAUUGUAAAUAGCAUUAUAAGUUGUGUUUUAACCUAUCUUUAAAAUUGUUAUACUUGAUAUGAUAGCACAAACAUAUCUUUUAUUAUUAGCUUUGACAAUUUGUUCGUAAAAAUUAUUCUUACCGGUAUCUUGUAAGUCCAAAAGAAAAUUUCAUAUUUUGAAAAUUUUUAU